UCAACUGCCGGUGCGCGCGGACGCCAUUUCCCGCGGGUCCUAGUUCGGAAACCGAAUAUUGCAUCCGUUUAGCGAUGGCGCGUUGCUAUCGUUAAGAAUGGCCACCAGUCGACACUUCCGGAUGGCUUCGAUGCUUUCUCUGGAGGGUGGUGGAGGUCGAGGCGGGUCGGAUGGUUUGGCCACACGCCGUCAGUCCUGCGUGCCAAACCUUCCGUCGCCGUCGGUCCACGUGCCCUCGAUAUCGGCCCGCGUUGGCAACGGUUUUCCACGGGGAGGAGGCCAUGUGUACGAAAACGGUUCUGCCGUGGCCAACGGUGGUCCUGCCUUAGCUCCGGCUCCGGACGAUUUGGAGGGUGGUGUUGCUGGUCAACCUAGGCCCGUCAGCUGCAGUGGUAGUGCCCUUCGGGUGGUGAAAAGAAUCUGCUCCGAUGGGGUUCUGUCGGCCGGAUCGACCGGGUCGGGUAGUUCCGGUGGUAGUGCCGGGUGGGGCCAGUACUGGAUGCUGAUCGUGACGCCAAUUGUGACAAGCUUUUCGGUGGCCCUGGUAAUCGCCGCCGUGGCCGGUCCCCAGUGGCUGCUGACCGAGGAGAAGAUCCCCAACGGUAACUACAACGGCACCAUGAACUACAACCGGAAGGACGAUGGCGUCUACCUGACCAAGUACACCAAAUCGUCGCUCUGGAUGCUGUGCAGCAAAAUUGGAGGAGCCACCGCCAAACCGCUGCCGUCCGAGUUCCAGUGCUCCACCAUCGAUUACUUCCCGCUGGAGGGCUACAACCCGGACCCGAACGAUUCGACCAAUGUCAUCCCGUAUACGGUGACCCACUCGUCGCCGUUUUUUCUCACCUCAAAUCUGGUCCUCGUGGUGGCCUACGUGCUGUUCCUGCUGGCCAUGUGCUCGUCCAGGCAUAAAAUCUGUUACUUUGUGGCCGGUGUGCUAUUUAUAAUUGCAGGACUCCUCAUGCUCAUCGGACUCAUAAUGUUCAUAUCGAUUCUAAAAGCCGAAAUCGGCUCCAAGCUGCGUCCCCGAUCCUCCCUGCAGGCCCCCAUGUUCAGCUUCCGCUACGGCCAGAGCUUCCUGCUGUACGUGUUCGGGUUCAUCAUCACCGAGCUGUCUGGCGUGCUGAACGUGCUAAUCUACUCGAACCUGCACCAGCUGGAACUGAACCGCUCGCAGACUUAUCCCACGUACCAGAGUUUGAGCGGGAACUACUACAACGUGCCAUCGGCGGUGGUUCCGGAACCGGCGGCUAAAUCCCAGCGUGGAACGUACGUCCCGGGAAGGUUCUACUUCAGUGGGGACGAUUGUGCGGUUCAUCGGUUUCGCCAGCGGCAGAGUUUGGUCAAGAGUUUGAACGAGCUUUAUACGGAACCGGCGCCGGAGAUGAAGAGUACGGCGACGAGCUCGUCGCCACCGGAGGAGGAGGACAUUUCGGCACCGUCCAGGGGGGAGGUUGUGUCGGGUCGGUUGACUCGGAGUGUCUCGACCUGCACGGAUAUCGAGGGUAGAAGUGAGGAAAAUUUGAAGAAUAUUUGCGGGAUUUCGAAGCAGUAUUUGACGCGGGAGUUGUCCAAGGAGAAGCUGUUCAAUGAGUUUUGCAAGAAGGUGGGGCCGAGACCGAAGCCGAAGAAUAUCUACUACAUUGAGGACGAUGGUAAGGGGGCGGAUGGAUUUCAGAACGUGUUUGUAAUUGAGGGCAACAAUAGUGACGACGACAAGUUUAAGCGUAAAAGGAGGAACUCAAUGAUGGACGGGGCUGGUGAUCGUGGUGGUACCCUUGAAAGGAGACAACGGAUAAGAUCGGAUAACUCGUUGGAUCAGGUUCAUGCCAAGUCGACAGUCGAAGGAAUUGGACAGAGAUUUACGUACGAUAUGAGACAAACUCUGCCGAGGAAUUUUCUGAAGAAGAACCAUCGAAUGCUGGACGAGCAUCAAACCAUGGAGGACGAUCGUGGUGGAUUCAGCAGUAUGGACGACUUGGUAGACUCUGGUGGUUGGAAUCGUCGGAUUUCCGCCAGUGGAUUACUGGAACCUGUUAGAUUGAACUCAUCGCAAAACGACCUGGACGCAACGGUAUCCCCUCACAAUCCUUACCAUCGCCACUCCCAACCGCCCUGGCCCAAGAUCAUACCAAAGUCCACCACCGACUUUAUCUCCAUGCAGCAAAAGUACCUCCACGUUCCGUCCUCCCCGUCCUACGUGGAGUACGCCGUCCGAUCGCCCCCCGCCCAAACCCAUCGCAGUUACGGCGAUCUUACCUCCUACCAACCCCCGCCACCACCCUUGCAGUACGCCCGCAUCCAACAUCCGCAUCCACAUCCGGUGGCAUUCUUUGCAGCUCCUCCCGCACCUUUCACGGGGAAAUUCUCUCCCGUGUUCGACCUGGACCGGAUCGAGUGCGAACGGCGCAAGUCACACUCGCAGCUGUUCCUGAACAGCACCUGCCAGCAACAGCAGAAGCAGCAACAGCAGCAGCCGAACUACGACUAUGUGAAUGGAACUGCGGUUUAAACUUAACAGAUUUUAAAAUGUAACCUCAUCAUCACGACUGGAAUUACAGAAGCCAGAGCGACAUGAACCGAAAGUUAACAUUAAAUCGUGUUAUUGGUGUAACUGUUGCGGACAUAAUUAUCUGUUUUAGAAUGACGAUAUCUUAGAAUUAAGAAUCGAAAAGCAA